AUGAGGCGAAAUCCGCUGAUCCUAUUCUUGGUCUCACUGUCCUUCCUCUUCUCUGCCGUCGGUUCCUUGUCCGACGGCCACGGAAGUCGCAGAGACCUCCACCAGCCCCUCUUCCCCAUCCAAUGGGUCCCUCCCCCUCCCCCUCUCGAUUCUUCCGACCCUCCCCCCGCCCCCGCCGGCCAAACCCCGACCGCCGCCAAUGUUUCUGCCGCAUCCUCCCCCUCCAAUUCCCGCUCCACCACCACUAAAAACAUCGCCAUCGGCGUCUCAAUCUCCGUCGCCGCAUUGGCCAUUCUCUUCUUCUGCGGCUUCCUCCUCUACCGCCACCGAAUCAGAAGCCCGCCGGAUUCCGCCCAACUAGUCGCCAGCGAAGAUGGUAGCAACUGGCGGUUCCGAACACCUGGCCGCCCCGCGGCCACCUCCGGGUCGGAGGUUUUAUACCUCGGGACGAUGGAGCCGGCGAGCGGGCGGGUGAGCGGCGAGCUAUUCAGCUCGCCGCAUCGGAAGCUUAGCUCGGAGUGCGUGGUGGAGGUGCACCACCCGAGCCCCGAGCUGCGGCCGCUGACCUCGCUGACGCCGCGGCCUCCGCUGCAACGAGGGGUCGUUCCUCCGCCGGAGGCGGCGUCCGAUGAUGAGACGUUCUACACACCGCACCGAUCGUUGGCGUCCAUGACUAUUGGGAGCUCAAGCCCUACGGUGUCACGUCAGAGCAUCCCGAGCGUAGGAAGCGCCGGGAAGGAGGUGCUGGCCCUUACGGAGGAUGCCGCUCCUCCCUGGUCCCAGAGAAGUUCUCCAAGAAGGCAGCUUUCUAAUGGUUUGGCGUCCGAUAAACUAAUGGUACCACCGAUUACCCAACAGCCUCCGCCACCGCCGCCGACGCCUCCACCUCCUCCACCACCGCCACCUCCUCCGAAAACGGAAAGGAUGGUCGGGAUGCGGCCAUCUCAGCCACCACCGCCGCCACCUCUGGAUGUUGCAGGGAAGAAAAAACCACCUUCAGGGGCUCCUGCUGCGCCAAUGCCAGCUGAACUAUCUCAAAGGCGUCGGUUGUUGAGGCCUCUUCCACCCGAAGGUGCUCCAAUUAACAUACCAAUUCCUAUUUCCAAAUUUAGCAAGGGAGACGACUGCUCUUCGUCCCAGCCAGUUGAUCGAACGGGAGACGAUUUGGAGGGUGAUGCGAAACCGAAGUUGAAGCCCCUGCAUUGGGACCAAGUGAUGGCGAGUUCGGAUCGGCCAAUGGUCUGGGACCAAUUGAAAUCGAGCUCAUUCCAAUUGAAUGAGGAUAUGAUGGAGGCUCUGUUUGUCCACAAUGCCACAAAUCUAGUUCCUAAAGACAGUAACAGAAGACCGGUCCUUCCGCCAUUCAAGCAGGAGAACAGAGUGUUAGACCCAAAGAAGGCACAAAACAUAGCAAUACUCCUGAGAGCAUUGAAUGUGACACAAGAUGAGGUAUCUGAUGCACUUUUAGAUGGUAAUCCUGAAUGUUUAGGUGCUAACCUUUUGGAGACUUUGGUCAAGAUGACUCCAUCAAAGGAGGAAGAAUUAAAACUCCGAGACUACAACGGCGACAUAUCAAAGCUUGGUUCAGCAGAGCGCUUUCUAAAAGCAGUGCUAGAUAUCCCUUUUGCCUUCAAAAGAGUUGAUGCUAUGCUAUACAGAGCCAAUUUUGAGACAGAAGUCAAUUACCUCAGGAAAUCUUUUGAGACUCUAGAGGCAGCUUGUGAAGAUCUAAGAAGCAGUAGACUAUUCUUAAAACUCUUGGAAGCUGUUCUGAGGACUGGUAACCGGAUGAAUGUGGGCACCAACCGAGGUGAGGCGAAAGCUUUCAAGCUUGAUGCUCUCCUAAAGCUCGCAGACGUGAAAGGGACAGAUGGGAAGACAACACUGCUCCAUUUUGUUGUCCAAGAGAUCGUCCGAUCAGAAGGAUCAGGUUCUGAACCAACAGCAGCAGAUCUUCCUAACAAUGCCAGGGAAAAGCAAUUCAAGAAACAAGGCUUGAAAGUGGUUGCUGGCCUGAGCAAUGAGCUUGGAAAUGUUAAGAAAGCAGCUGGGAUGGAUUCAGAGGUCCUGAGAAGUUACGUCUCGAAGCUAGAACUGGGGCUUGAGAAGAUAAGGUCAGUCUUACAGCUUGAGAGGUCAUGCACCCAAGGUAAGAAGUUCUUUGAGGCAAUGAAAGUGUUUCUUAAGGAGGCAGAAGGGGAGUUGGAACGGGUUAAGGCUGAGGAGAAGCAGGCAUUGGGCCUAGUGAAAGAGAUUACGGAGUACUUCCAUGGGGAUGCAGCAAAGGAGGAAGCCCACCCACUUAGGAUCUUCAUGGUUGUGAGGGACUUCCUCUCAAUACUAGAUAAUGUCUGCAAGGACGUGGGUAGAACGCAUGAGAGGACAAUGAUGGGGACUGCUAGAUCAUUCCUCAUCUCUGCAAGUGCUUCUCUGCCGGUUCUCCAUAGGCAUGAUGCAUGGCGAGAUGGGAAUGCAGAUGAUGAUGGUCCACGAUCAUAGAACAAAUGAGGAACAUAAUUGAAGUGCCACAAAAUUUAUGCCAGGUGAAUCUGAUCAGCUGCAAAGUGGUGGCAUAACUUUUGAAAAAAAUGUUUUAACUAGAUGAGAGGAAAAACAAAUCUAGUUAUUGACAUUAGUAGGUUCAUAACUGUACAAAUGGAAAACAUAAGCAAUUCCACCCCCGUGGAAGACGAUAUAUAUACGUUUGUUCAUCUUAGAUAGAUAGAGGAACAGCACAAAGGAAUAGUGUUGAGGAAAUAUAAAUUUAUCUGAUGGAAAAUAGGUUGCAGGAGCCAUCUUUCAUGUAAUAGAAUUAUUUACUGAUAGUUGCAAAUGUUUUGUUAAUUGCGUGUAAUUAUUUUCUACUUUA